AAUAACUAUCUUGGACUAUUGCCCCAAAUAUUCGGGUGGGAAUGUUUUCAGGGCCCUCUUUUACACGUUUGGCCAAUGGGAGAUUGACGUUAAAAUGAUAAGCCACAAUAUCAACAGUCAAUGUCAAAAGUCAAUGAGAUACAGGCAAGUGUCACGUUGGGCAUCGAUCGACCGGUUUACUACACUACUCCGGUACAAAAGGUUCGACACGACACAAGGGGAACGUCAUUGUAUCAGCUGGCAACGAAUAGAAAACCUCGCGGACCGAGUCUGAAUGCACCGGUACUAAGUUAUAUACACAGAUCUCUGCAACUAUAUACAUAGCAAAAUGUCGGACAAGAAGAAAGUGGUAGGUCUUUUGGAGCGACUGAGCAAUGGAGGGCGAGUUCUAUGCGCUGAGGGAUACCUGUUUGUGUUUGAGCGCCGGGGAUACCUCAAGGCUGGGGCCUUCGUCCCAGAGGUGGUCCCAGAGGUGGUCCUCGUGCGUCAGCAGUAUCAGGAGUUCGUUCACGCUGGGAGCGAGGUUGUUCUUGCAUUCACGUAUUAUGCCCAUCGUGAAAAGUUAGCCUUGAUUGACCGGGGCAAGGAUCUAGAAGUGAUGAACAGGCAGGCCUUAAGACUAGCUAGGGAGGUGGCCGACCAAACAGGUACUCUCAUGGCUGGAAAUAUCUGCAACACAACCUUGUUUGACUCCAAUGAUCCCAACUGCCAACCCAAAAUUGAUGAUCUCUUCAAGGAGCAGAUAGAGUGGGCGGUGGAGGAGGGGGCUGAUUACAUUGUUGGAGAGUCAUUCGGUGAUCUGGGAGAAGCAAUGAUGGCAUUGCAAGCAAUCAAGAAAUAUGGCAAAGGUCUCCCUGCUGUUAUAACCAUGGGUUUCUACCAGAAUGUGCUUGAUGGUAAGCUCUGUACACUGGAUGGUGUGGAGAUGUGUUCAGCAUUCCAGCAACUUGAGGCAGCCGGUGCUGAUGUCCUGGGUCUGAAUUGUGCCCGAGGUCCGGCCACUACCCUACCACUCCUGAAACAACUCAAGAAAGUACUCAAGGUCCCUAUCGCUGCCCUUCCUGUGGUUUACCGUACGACUGAGGACGCCCCCAACAUGCAGGCUUUGAAAGAUCCCUUGACAGGAAAACAACUCUUCCCAACCAAUCUGGAUUGUGCCGCCUGUACCCGCGAUGACAUCGUUGCCUUUGGCGAACAGUGCCUUGAAUUGGGCAUUCAGUACGUGGGUCUGUGUUGUGGUAACGCACCUCACUACACGCGUACACUGAGCGAGGCCUUGGGACGACAUCCACCUGCAUCUAGGUACAGCCCAGAUAUGAGACAGCACUUUGUGUAUGGGGAUGAUGCGAAACUACGCAAGUACAACCAGUCCCAUGUCAAGAGCAUGCUGACAUAAAUUAAUUGUCGACCUCUUUUUCAUGGGACCAGGCUCUGCUUACGGUAAAUGCGUUGAUUCCAACGGUUGUGAGAAGGCCUUCGAGUGCUAAGGAUUUCAAUCAGCUAUUUGCGAGUGACCUAUACUCUUUGGGGUUUAAAUUUGAAAAAACAUCUGGUACACUGACUUGCUCAGAAUGCUU